GGGAGUCAUCCACUGAGUUAUUGAAGACUAGUAUUAACUCAGCUGAAUUUUUUGUGAAAACUUGAAUGAAAAGAACGACAUGGCUAAAGAACACCGUACAUUCAAAGAGGAGUGCUCUUAUAUUGAGCGCUUAAACGGAAACUCGUUUCUUAUAAGAAAAGGCUUUGUCCCAAAUAUGAAGGUUGAAGGUAUCUUCUAUAUAAAUGAUUUACUUGAAAAGCUGAUGUUUGAUGAGCUGAAACACUGGGCUGGAACUCAAGGUAUUGGUGGUUUCCUUCCUGGUGUAAAGCAGAUUGCAAAUGUUGCAGCUUUACCUGGAAUUGUUGGUAAAUCAGUUGGACUACCAGAUGUUCAUUCCGGCUAUGGGUUUGCUAUAGGGAAUAUGGCAGCAUUUGACAUGUCUCUUCCAGAAGCAGUUGUUUCUCCUGGUGGUGUUGGCUUUGAUAUCAACUGUGGAGUGCGACUGCUGAGGACAAACCUUGAUGAAAGGGACGUUCAGCCUGUCAAAGAACAAUUAGCUCAGUCACUUUUCGAUCAUAUCCCUGUUGGUGUUGGCUCAAAAGGUGUUAUUCCCAUGGGUGCAAAAGAUCUGGAGGAAGCUCUCUCAAUGGGGAUGGAUUGGUCCUUAAGAGAAGGCUAUGCAUGGGCUGAGGAUAAGGAGCACUGUGAAGAGUAUGGACGAAUGCUGCAGGCUGACCCAGGAAAAGUCAGUGCAAGAGCAAAGAAACGAGGCUUGCCACAGCUUGGCACACUUGGAGCCGGGAAUCACUACGCAGAAAUCCAGGUGGUGGAUGAAAUAUACAACAACUAUGCGGCAAAGAAGAUGGGAGUCGAUCAUCCUGGACAGGUUUGUGUGAUGAUCCACAGUGGCAGCAGAGGACUUGGACAUCAAGUGGCCACUGAUGCACUGGUAGAAAUGGAGAGGGCCAUGAAAAGGGACAAGAUUGAAGUCAACGACAGACAGCUUGCUUGUGCCAGAAUUAACUCACAAGAAGGUGAAGAUUACCUCAAAGGCAUGGCUGCAGCAGCGAAUUACGCUUGGGUGAAUCGUUCAACGAUGACAUUUUUGACAAGACAAGCUUUCGGAAAAGUUUUCAAGAGUACCCCAGACGACUUAGACAUGCAAGUGAUCUAUGACGUGUCACACAACAUUGCAAAGAUCGAGGAACAUAUAUUAGACGGUGCGCAGAAGACUCUGUUAGUGCACAGGAAAGGAUCAACGCGUGCAUUUCCUCCGCAUCAUCCGCUUAUCCCAGUGGAUUACCAGGUCGGCUUUUCACUUUUUACUGCUCCUAUCGAUCGUAAGCUUUAACCCUUGAACUCCCAUGAAUGACCAAGACAGAAUUUCUCCUUACAAAAUCAAUGCAUUAUUAAGGAGAAAAUUGAUGAGAAUAUAGAAAAAUAUUAAUCAGGGGAUUUUCGGUUGAAUCGAUACCAAAUUCUCGGAACUAAGACCAUAAGAUCUGUAUGGAGUACAGUCAGGAGAAUUACUAAAGAGAACCUGGGAGGCAAAGGGUUAGGGGAAGUAAGGUUUAAAGAUUAUUAAUUUUUUUUUUUCAUCUGCAAAUCGUUGUUUAAGCGCUUACAAUCGUUCGUUUCUAAGUUCUUUACUAGUCCUUCACUUUUCAUGUUGCGUUAUUUCUUUUCCUGUUUCAAUCGCUCUCAUUCUCUCGUUUAUUCUCCCUCUCAUUCCGUUUUCCCUUCAUUCCCUUUUAUGGUCUUUCAAUCGCUCUCAUUCUCUCGUUUAUUCUCCCUCUCAUUCCGUUUUCCCUUCAUUCCCUUUUAUGGUCUUUCAAUCGCUCUCAUUCUCUCGUUUAUUCUCCCUCUCAUUCCGUUUUCCCUUCAUUCCCUUUUAUGGUCUUUCAAUCGCUCUCAUUCUCUCGUUUAUUCUCCCUCUCAUUCCGUU